AUGUGUAGUAGCCAAGUAUCGACUGCAUACGUCGUCGUCAGACAGGAGUGGCUGGUGUCGGAGUACUUUGCAGUGUUGGCAGAGAGGAUAUUCAACACUCUGAGAGACGAGGCCCUUCUGCUAAGAGCUCUAUCUGCUGAUCCGUCCAUGGCAACGGAGGCGUACGAGAUAAUUGUAACCGGUCAUUCGCUUGCCGGGGGUGUGGCUUGUGUGCUGUCAAUCAUGCUGAAACAGUUCUACGAUAGGCUGCACUGUUACGCCUACAGCCCGCCCAAUUCUAUUUUUGGAGCCACAUGUACCAAAGACACGAAAGCCUUCAUAACGACGGUGGUCCUGGGCAAAGAUAUAAUACCAAGGUUGGGGCACACCCAGGUCGAGGCCUUCCGUAAGAACAUCAUCAACGGUCUCAAGUCAUGCAGAAGUUCAAAGAUCAGUGUCGGGCAACCUUUUUCGAGUUGCGGCGCACUAAGCUUAAUUUCCUUUUUUCGCGGCGCACCUGUGGUUCUCACUAUAAAUUUCCUCGUAGGUAAUUAA